UGAAGUCACAGAGAGAGAGGCAGUAGCGGAUCUCCACGGGCGGUAAGCAGUUUGUUUCUGCAGAAGAUAAGGAGAAGCCUUCAUUCAGCGCCGCGGAGCUCGCCUGGACUACUCUUUCCACCUAUUUCUAAAACUUUUAACAUUUUGACAUUGAUUUCUAUUACUACGUGUGUGAUGGCUGCCUCAAUGUUGGUUGAUUUGGGAGUUCUGUUCCUUAUAGUAGUAACAGCAUCUUUAACCAAUGGUUCGUCAUCUGUGAGCCAGAAGAAGGAGGUGGAGGUCAGCCUGAGCACACCCCUGCACGGCACACUGGCCGACCGGGCCAACAUCACCUCUGAUGGUGGAGUUAGGGCUUGUUCUGCCUGUGACCCGCUGACAGCCAGGAGGCGUGCCAAGAGAUGCACAUGUUACACCUACAAAGACAAAGAGUGUGUGUAUUACUGCCACCUGGACAUCAUCUGGAUCAACACACCAGAGCACACUGUACCGUAUGGCAUGUCCAGUUACCCGGCUGCUCUGCGGAGGAAGCGCUCUGUCAAGAUUGAGCGGAGGAAGAGGAGUUGGGCCACUAGGCGCUGUGCAUGCACCCUUCAGACCGACCCUGAUUGCAACAGUUUCUGCAUGACCAGGCAGAAGAGGAGACCACCUGCAACACCUAAAGCAAGAAAGAGAACACCACCUUUCCACAGAGGGGACAGAGAGUGGAUUCUGAAAUGAAGAAAGCUGUAUAUAAUGUUUCUGCCAUGUAGAUAAAUGUAUACAUGGCAAAAAAAGCUCACCCAAAAAGAUGAACGUCAGAGGUUUCAGCACGGGUUCUUCCCUGCACCUUCUUACGCCUCCCUCUGACUGCAUUUGUGCCGUGGGAGUAGAGUGUCAUCAUUCCAGGAUGUUACAUAAUAACUUUGCAAUCUUAAGAGUAUAUUUGAAAGCAUGUGUGAUAUUUAUGAAGCGUGAAGAGCAGGGGACAAAUGUCAGCAAUUUCUUUUCUCUUAUAAGCUAAAGUACUUUUUAAAUAAAAUAUUUUCAGUAGACUAUAAAUUAUUUAGUGUCUAAAACACAAUAAGUCUAUAUAAAAAUACCUAUGUGGUGAUUCUAAUGAACAUUCUCUAUCUUAAGGGACCAAGUAAAGAACAACAGUCAUGUGGUACAUGUAUUCUUACCAAAGAUUCCAGUCAGAUGAAGGAUGUGUUAGCCAGAGGUAAUCGUCACUCUUCCCCAGAAAAGAAUUCAUUUUUAAAUACUUUUUGCUUGCCACAACUGAAAGUGAUAUGAUGAUGAUUCUCUCCACACCAAAGCAAUGCAAGAAUGACUGGUAAUAAUGGUACGCAGGAGCUUGAAGACAGACCUGUUGGUUUUUGUUUAGCGGUGUGAAAAUGUUUCUCAUUCCUGGUGAUUUUACGCAGUAGUGGAGAGUAUUUGGAGGAAAUGUGGAAAGGCAUCCCUGUUAGCAUUCUAUGCAACUUCUGGCACACUUUAAUAACCAGAAUUAAAUAUGUUUAAUAAGCACCACCAGCUUAAAUAGAUGCUGCUUGGUGUUCAAACUUUCUUGGUGGUUUCUGUAUAUUCUAUUUAUUUUGUACCUUAACAGGUGGAGCAAGCUGUUCAGCUCUGUAUUGUCUUAUUUUGCAUGAAGUGAUGGUCAAAUAAGUUAAAACAAGCUUGUAUUUUUAGUUAUUUUCCAAAUAAGACAAUAUAAGUUGUAUAUUUUGACAUAUGCGCAGUAGGACAUUCCUUAGUUCAAGGAUGGAUGUUUCAAGGAUUGAUGUUUUAAUGUGUUUUUAAUUUUAAGGUUAAAUUACAAGUAUACCAGUCCUCUAUCCUUUUUACCAAGGGUAGAUUUUUCAGUUUUUGUGAUGAUUCUUUAGUGUUAAAAAAGUAAAGGAAGAAAAAAAAACAAGCCUUUUCAUUCUCUCCCCCCCCCCUUAAUUGUAUUAUUUACAAUGCUAUGUUCCUUGUAAAGAAUGACACAAGAAAAGUUUUCUUUCUUUAUUGCUGAAAUAUUUCACAGCACACACAGCUCUGUUAAAGACAAAUCCAAAUGAACACAUAUGGAAAAAUAAAAGAAAACUAAAAAACAAA